UGGGAGGGCGGAGAGAAGGCGGGGCCUGACCAUCCGACUUCCUAUUUCCGGCCUGUGCACACAAGGCUGAGGGGUGGGAUUUAGACGUGAGAGUUUUGAGUUCGAGCAGUCAAAUCUUGCGGCUGUGGUGCAAGAGGCGAGCAGGUCAAAACCAGCUAGUGACUAAGGAUGAGUCUCCAGUGGACUGCAGUUGCUACUUUCCUCUAUGCAGAGGUCUUUGCUGUGCUGCUACUCUGCAUUCCUUUCAUUUCUCCCAAAAGAUGGCAGAAGAUCUUUAAGUCUCGCCUGGUGCAGCUGGUGGUGAGCUAUGGCAACACCUUCUUUGUGGUUCUCAUUGUGAUCCUGGUGCUGCUUCUCAUUGAUGCCGUGCGGGAGAUCAGGAAGUACGAUGACGUGACAGAGAAAGUGAACCUACAGAAUAACCCUGGAGCCAUGGAGCACUUCCACAUGAAGUUGUUCCGAGCCCAGAGAAACCUCCACAUCGCUGGCUUCUCUCUGCUGCUGUCUUUCCUGCUCAGACGCCUGGUGACCCUUAUCUCCCAGCAGGCCACACUGUUGGCCUCCAAUGAGGCCUUCAAAAAACAGGCUGAGGGUGCCAGCGAAGCCGCCAAGAAAUACAUAGAAGAAAAUGACAAGCUGAAGAAGGAAGCUGGCACCAGUGCCACUAAAGCAGACCUGAACGAUGAAUCGGUGCUAGAGGAGAACAAAAACCUGAAGGCCGAGUUCAAGAGACUGACUGAGGAGCUGGCCGUCAGUAAGAGAAACUUGGAGAGAGCGGAAAAUGAGGCUCUGGCCAUGCGCAAGCAGUCGGAAGGGCUGACGAAGGAGUAUGACCGUCUGCUGGAGGAGCAUGGCCGCCUCCAGGCUGCAGUGGAUGGUCCGACAGACAAGAAAGAAGAGUGAGGGCUUGGCUCCCUUCCUCUUUAACUCCCCCUCCUUCCAUCAGCGGGCUUCCAUUCCUCAUCACAAGCAGCUGCUUCUCUCUGGUUCACAUUGGAAAGGGGGAAUGCAGGGAUGUGCUCCCUGCCCAUCCGAGCCUCAUUUAACUUGGUAUUUGGGCCCAUGCCUUCCCCAGGCUUCAUAUGCCCCGCUGCUGACACAAUUGCUUUGCUCAGCUUGUAAAUAAACUUCCCUGACUCUGACCACUGAACCACCCCCCCCCCCACACACACACACAUCCCCCUCACCUUAUCCUGAAUCUAGAAAGCAAUCCCAGCAAUUGGGGAUUGGGGGUAGGGGCAGUGCCUAGACAGGAUGGUCACAAGCUUGGGCCCUUUCUCAUUUAGCCCCUCUUCCUCCCCCCCCCCUCCAUCCCAUCUACUUUCAUCUCUUCCUAUUCCAAAGAACAACAGGGUUGGCUGUCUGAGAAGGGGGCACCUGAGAUUUGGUUGGGCUGUGGUUCGUGGUUUGGGGCGGUGGUGGUUUUGACUCUGAAGAGCCCUCUGCUUUUUCUCUUGGGAUGAAGAAUCUUGUGUUCUCUCCAGUGUCGGUACUCCUGGCCUUGGUUUGAGGGGUGGUUCCCUCCUGUGUGCACACAGAGCUUCUCUUGGAGAAAUAAAGUUUGUUAAUCAAAGUGA